AUGGCUCAGCAUUGUAACUUGUCCUCCAUCUUAUUGCUUGCAUUUAUCUAUAUCAUGCAUAACCACAUGAUAAUUACUAUAACAGCACGUCACCUUCUUCAGACUCCUAGUUUCUCAACGCCCGCUACUCCUAGUUUUUCAAUGCCCUCUACCCCAAGUUUCUCAACACCCACUACCCCCAGUUUCUCAACACCCACUACCCCCAGUUUCUCAACGCCAGCUACCCCAAGUUUCUCUAAUUCCCCCAGUCUUUCAAAGCCUGAAACCCCUAGUUUUUCAAAAUCCGAAACACCUAGUUUUUCAAAGCCCGAAACUCCUAGUUUCUCAAAGCCUGAAAUACCUAGUUUCUCAAAAUCUGAAACCCCUAGUUUCUCAAUUCCCGCUACCCCCAGUUUCUCCAAUUCCCCUAGUCUUUCAAAGCCUGAGACCCCUAGUUUUUCAAAACCUGAAACACCUAGUUUUUCAAAGCCCGAAGCUCCUAGUUUCUCAAAUCCCGAAACUCCUAGUUUUUCAAAGCCUGAAACUCCUAGUUAUUCAAAAUUUGAAACCCCUAGUUUCUCAAAACCUGAGACCCCUACUUUUUCAAAGCCUGAUACCCCUAGUUUCUCAAAACCUGAGAUUCCUAGUUUCUCAAAGCCUGAGACCGCUAGUUCUCCAAAGCUCGAGACUCCUACUUUUUCAAAGCCUGAGGCUCCUACUUUCUCAAAGCCUAAGACUCCAAGUUUCUCCAAGCCCGAGACCCCUGGUUCACCAAAGGCCAAGACCCCUACCUCCUCAAAGCCUGAGACCCCUAGUAUUUCAAAUCCCGAGACUCCAAGUUUCUCCAAGCCUGAGACCCCUACCUUCUCAAAGCCUGAGAUCCCAAGUUUCUCAAAGCCCGAGACCCCUAGUUCUCUAAAACUCGAGAUUCCUAUUUUUUCAAAGUCUGAGACUCCUAGUUCCCCAAAGCCAGAGACCCUUAAUUCUCCAAAGCUCGAGACCCCUAGUGUUUCAAAGCCUGAAAGCCCUAGUUUCUCAAAACCUGAGACUCUUACUUUCUCAAAGACUGAGAAUCCUAGUUCUCCAAAGCUAGAAACCCCUACUUUCUCAAAUCCUGAGACUCAUACUUUAUCAAAGCCCAAGAUUUCUAGUUCCCCAAAGCCUGAGACCCUUACUUUCAACAAGCCUGAGACUCCUACUUUCUUAAAACCUGAGACCCCUAGUUUUUCAAAGCCUAAGACCCCAAAGUCUCCAAAUUCUGAGACUUCAAGUUCUUCACAGCCUGACACUCCUAGUUUCUCGAAACCUGAGGCCCUUACUUUCUUAAAGCCCGAGACCCCAAGUUCCCCAAAGUCUGAGACCCCAAGUUUUCCAAAGCUUGAGACUCCUAGUUUCUUAAGUCCUGAGACUCCUAGUUUCUCAAAUCCCAAGACCCUAAGUUCCCCAAAGCCUGAGAUGCCAAGUUUAGCGAAGCCUAAGACUCCUAGUUCUGCAAAGCCUGAGACAACAAGUUCCUCAAAGCCUGAGACUCCUACUUUCUCAAAGCCUGAGACUCCAAGUUCCCCCAAGCCCGAGACCCCAAGUUUCCCAAAGCCGAAAAUUCCAAGUUCCCCCAAACCUGAGACCUCAAGUUCUCCAAACCCCGAGACUCCUACUUUCUCAAAGCCCGAGCCGCCAAGUUCCUCAAAGCCAGAGACUCCAAGUUUCGAGACUCCUAGUCUCUCAAAGCCCGAGACUCCAAGUUUCCCAAAGCCUGAGAUGCCAAGUUCCCCAAAGUUUGAGAUCCCAAGUUCUCCAAAGCCCGAGACUUUUACUAUCUCAAAGCCGGAGACCCCAAGUUCUCCAAAAUCCGAGACGCCAAGUUCCCCAAAGUCCGAGACGCCAAGUUCCCCAAAGUCCGAGACGCCAAGUUCCCCAAAGUCCGAGACUCCAAGUUACCCAAAGCCCGAGAGCCCAAAUUCUCCAAAUCUCGAGACCCCAAGUUUCCCAAAGCACGAGACUCCAAGUUCCCCAAAGUCCGAGACUCCAAGUUCUCCAAAGCCCGAGACUCCUAGUUUCUCAAAGCCAGACAUACCUAAUUUUUCAAAACCCGAGACCUCUAAUCUUUCAAAGCCAAAGAUUCCAGAAGUCCCAAAACCCGAGAUUCCUAGUGUCUCUAAGCCUGAAAUACCAAGUGUGCCAGAGCGUGAGCUACCAACUACCCCAAAACCUGAGAUCCUAAUUUUUACAAAGCCCGAAUUACCAGUUGUUUUAAAUCUUGAGAUUCCAAAUGUGAUAAAGACAGAAAUUCCAAAACUUUCUAAACCAACAGUGUCAAGUUCUCCGUGA